CUCGGCGGGGGGGGGCGGGGCGGGGCGGGCGGGGCUCGGCCCCCGCGCGGUCGCUAAGCGACGGCCGCGUCCCAGCGCGGGCCAUGGCGGCGGCGACGCCCGCGCGGAGCCAGCGCGUCUUCCUCAACCACCUGGACUCGCACUGCGGCCGCGGCGUCGGCGAGUAUUUAUCCAAGUGCGUUGUUGGGGCGUCGCUUGAAGACCUAGAAGAGGAUGAGGGAGAAGAUGAAAAUACGUCAGAUGCUGAAGUUUCUAACUUGAAAGGAGGCCAGAGGCCGAAGGAGGGAGUCUACCAAGUAGUGGGGACUCUUUCCAAAGUGGAGAGCAAUAAACCAUCUUUUGCGGUAGAAACCUAUGCAGUCUCUUCUCGAGAUGAACUUCUAAGUCAUUUGCUUGAGUGCGAGAUCAUUUUAUAUAAUAUCACUGAGGAUGCAAAUCAAAUUGAGGAAGCAACAUGGGCUGCCUCUGCACUACAUACAGAGAUGCAGCGUUUUGAGACACUGAAGAUAUUCAUCCUCAUUUCAACAAUAAUGAGCUGGGCAAAAAGCAAACCCCUUGACCCAGAGGAUUCAGAAAUUGCUUUUACUGAUGAAGAUUAUCGCAGAAGAAAAUCUCAUCCUAACUUUAUAGAUCACAUAAAUGCUGAAAAACUUGUUCUCAAACUUGGAAAAACUAACAAACGUAAAUUUUCAACUUAUGUUGUUGCUUCAGGACUUCAGUAUGGAGCUGGAGAAGGAAUCUUGCAUUAUUUUUUUAAGAUGGCUUGGCUUAGUGAGACUCCUUCAAUACCUGUUUUUGGAGAUGGAAACAAUUUUAUUCCAACCAUUCAUGUUCUUGAUUUAGCCGCGGUGUUACAAAACAUAGCAGACCAUAGGCCAAAGACUCACUACAUAGUUGCAGUAGAUGAAUCUAUGCACACUCUUAAAGAAUUAAUAAAGUGUAUCAGCAAAAAUGUUGGACCUGGAAAAAUCAAGAUGAUUCCAAGAGAAAAUGCAUUCUUGAGCAAAGAGUUAACACAAUCACAUUUGGAUAUGUUACUUGUGAACCUACGAAUGGAGGCUAUGUUUCUGAAAGACAAUUUCAGCAUUAAGUGGGUUGCUCAGACAGGAUUGGUGGAGAACAUUGAAGAAAUCCUCAAAGAGUACAAGGAAAGUCGAGGAUUACUGCCUCUCAAAAUUUAUAUUCAUGGUCCUCCUGGAGUUGGGAAAUCUACCAUUGCUGAAAACCUCUGCAAGCACUACAAGCUGCAUCACAUUAAAAUAAAAGAUGUGGUUUCUGAAACAAUAGCAAAUCUGGAAAAAAUUGUGGCUCCCAAGGAAGUAGAAGCAGAUGAUAUGGGAGAAGAGGGAGAAGAUGAUGAGGAGGAGAGUGAAAACAUAGAAGAAGCACAAGAGUUAUUAGAUGGAAUCAAACAAAGCAUGGAACAGAAUGGGAGUAGGAAACACCAAGUACUAAAGUGGGAUUUAGGUCAUCUAGAUGAUCAGUAUGUUAUUAAAUUCACAAAGGAUAAGCUUAAAACUAUGCCUUGUAGGAAUCAGGGAUAUGUUUUGGAUGGGUUCCCAGAAACCUAUGACCAGGCAAAAGAACUUUUUAAUUUGGAAGAUGAAGAUGAGGAAGAGGAAAUUAAAGGCAGAAUACCUAAAUGUGAUAAAUUAAUCACACCUGAAUUUGUUAUUUCUUUGACUGCACCUGAUGAAUUCCUUAAAAACAGAAUAAUAAAUCUCCCGGAGAGUGUUGUUGCUGGAACUCAUUAUACUCAGGACCGGUUCCUGAUAUCUCUUAAUCUCUUCAGAGAGUUAAACACAGAAGAUGAAACUGUUCUCAACUAUUUUGAUGAACUUGAAAUACAUCCUCAGAUUAUUGAUGUAGCCAAAUUUGAAGAUCCUGAGAAUAGAAUUAUUGUAAAAGAGAUCAUCAAAGAAAUUGGGGAACCUCGGAAUUAUGGUUUGACAGAUGAAGAAAAGGAAAAAUUAGAACGCAAAGCAGCUGAGAAGCACCUUGUCAAAGAAGCUGAAGAAGUAGCUGAGCAAGAGCGUAAAGAAGCUGCGGAAAGGGCUGAAAGGAAGGAAAAAUGGGAAGAGUGGAACAAACGUUUGGCCGAAGUGAAGAGACAAGAAGAAGAGUUACUGGAGGCCCAAUCCAUUCCAUUACGAAACUACUUAAUGAAGCAUGUCAUGCCAACACUUACACAAGGGUUAAAUGAAUGCUGUAAGAUCAGGCCAGAUGAUCCAGUCGAUUUUCUGGUAAGGCAGAAUAUCUCUUCAAGAACAAUCCUGAAAUCGAAUCAGAUAAACAUUAAAUUCUGACAGCUGUAGAUACUGUGAAAUAGAAAGGCAGAACAUUCCCAAUGCAUUUUACCAUAAAAAUGCUUAGUUUUUGAAAUGAUUUUGUUUAGGCUUAUUAUAUAAUCUUCAUUUUUAUUUCUUAUAUGGUAUUAUGUUGUAUUCGUUCUUUAAUGUUCCUUCUAGAACAGCAUUGUUUACUACACAUCUUAUACAUUUGUGCAUCUGUAUGUCAUGUAUUUAUUUGAAACUAUGAUCCAUACGAAUCCACUAUGUCUCCAAAACUUUCUUCCUGGUUUAUUUCAGUUACAAAAUCUAGCUAAGCAGGAUAUUCUUGCCCUGAUCCAUAGUGGAAGUAGGCAACUUGACUGAGAAAAAAUUUUCUUCCAAAAAAGGAGGUUGUUUUUACUGAAAAUGGAAAUAAAUAGAAGCAGCAAGUUCUCUUACUUCCUUUGCUCAUCAAAAGAGAGGCUUACAUCACUAAGAACACAUUCAGUCCUGCAGCAGUUUCAAGAAAAAUAAGCAAAUGAGAAUUUUUAACAGGGCAUCUUCUCUUUGCCUAUCAGCUGACAACAGACAACAGGCCAUGCAGCACAGUCCUCGUGUUGUACUAAUGACUAGCUGGAUGAAUGUUUUCCCAGUAAAGAUCUACCAUAAAUCUUAGGUUUUUCUUUGGUACCAUACAAAAUUGUGCAAUUCUCAUGACACUUGCUAUUUUCUUCAUCAUUCAAGUUUAAUACAUGUUUUUCAUAAAUUCUUGAAGAAGCAUCUGGAAUUUCUAACUUGGUCCAGGUAUUUUUCCAACUACAGUUUGGCUGCCAUUCCCUUUUCUUAUUGAUUUCAUACACCCUUCAGAGAAACUGCUGCUAAAACUAUGCUGACUGAGCUGAAACUGAUAUAUUUGAGGUAAAACAAAUAUGUAAAUACAGUAUUUUGUCAAAACAGAAAGCAAGGACCCUUUUUUGGGGGGGGGAGGGGAACAACACAAACUACAAGAAUGGUGACAUAAAAACGUUUUAGCUAUUAUUUUUAAUAUAAGCAUUAUUAAUGCUCAUGUGCUUACCCAGACAUUUCACUGUUUUUACAGAAAACUAGUCUCAUCUUGGCUGUCUUUACAGUCACACAGCCAUGUCAUUGAUGAGAGCCAGGAACAGAGCUCAGAACCAUCACCUCUUCGUGUUUAAACAAAGGGGGGGAGGGAAGGGAAGGGAGAUCUACAAUUGCUAUAUGCUGCCGAUCUAAGUUACCGUUUAUUUUAUGAGCCAUUGGGAAAUGAAUUUGUAAUUUGAGAGUCUU